GGGGGUUAAAUCAGUGGCUUCGAUGCUCCACGUAGUAGCUGCCUACGCUGCCAACUGCGGUCAGGGCUGCCCUAUAAAGGGGCCGGGAGACCCAAGAAUCGAGGACUUGCUGCUGCCAGCGCCUCGCCGCCGCAGCCCCCAGCCCUGGCUCCAGGGGUCCCAGUCAUGGCCCGUGUGCUCUUACUUAGUCUGGGCCUCUUUGCCAUCCUCCUGCCGGCGCUGGCCGCCUGCCCCCAGAACUGCCACUGCCAUGGCGACCUGCAGCAUGUCAUCUGUGACAAGGUGGGGCUGCAGAAGAUCCCUAAGGUGUCAGACUCAACCAAAUUGCUCAACCUCCAGCGCAACAACUUCCCAGUGUUGGCUGCCAACUCGUUUCGAACCAUGCCGAACCUGGUCUCGCUGCACUUGCAGCAUUGCAAUAUCCGGGAGGUGGCUGCUGGCGCCUUCCGAGGCCUGAAGCAGCUCAUCUAUCUGUACCUGUCCCACAAUGACAUCCGGGUGCUGCGAGCUGGAGCCUUUGAUGACCUGACUGAACUUACUUACCUCUAUCUAGACCACAACAAAGUGUCAGAGCUGCCCCGGGGGCUGCUCUCCCCUCUGGUCAACCUCUUCAUCUUGCAGCUCAACAACAACAAAAUCCGAGAGCUGCGUGCUGGAGCCUUCCAGGGUGCCAAGGACCUUCGCUGGCUCUACCUGUCAGAAAAUGCCCUCAGUUCCCUACAGCCUGGUGCCCUGGAUGAUGUGGAGAACCUCGCCAAGUUCCACCUGGACAAGAACCAGCUGUCUAGCUACCCCUCUGCUGCCCUGAGCAAACUUCGGGUGGUGGAGGAGCUGAAGCUGUCCCACAACCCUCUGAAGAGCAUCCCAGACAAUGCCUUCCAGUCCUUCGGCAGAUACCUGGAGACCCUCUGGCUAGAUAACACCAACCUGGAGAAGUUCUCAGAUGGUGCCUUCCUGGGUGUGACCACGCUGAAACAUGUCCAUCUGGAGAACAAUCGCCUGAACCAGUUGCCCUCCACCUUCCCCUUUGACAAACUGGAGACCCUCACGCUCACCAACAACCCAUGGAAAUGCACCUGCCAGCUCCGUGGCCUUCGGCGGUGGUUGGAAGCCAAGACUUCUCGACCAGAUGCAACCUGCUCCUCACCAGCCAAGGUCAAGGGGCAGCGUAUUCGUGACACAGAUGCCCUCCGCAGCUGCAAAUCCCCCACCAAGAGGUCCAAGAAAGCCGGCCGCCAUUAAAGAGGUCCUGUCCCAGCCAGUCUGGUGCCUGCCUUCUGCUGGAGAGACUACUGACUGCCCCCCCAACCAUCCACACUUUCU